AUGCCGGGGAGCCCGGAUCCGCCCGGGGCUGAGGGGAGCCCCGCGGCCCCGUCCCGUCCCCCUCUGCCGCCUGAGAGGCCCCGCGGCCGCCGGGACCCCUCCCUCAGCCUUGGACCAGAUAAAAUGGUAAUAGACCUCACGGAUCCAAAUCGCCCUCGGUUCACAUUACAGGAGCUGCGAGAUGUAUUGCAGGAGCGUAACCAGCUGAAAGCUCAGCUUCUUGUGGUGCAAGAGGAGCUACAGUGUUAUAAAAGUGGGAUCAUCUCACAGAGAAGGGACCAAACUGAAGAACUGGAAAAAGAGGCCAGUGGCAGUAGCCCUGGCACCAGCAAGGACAGCGAAGAGAAGACAAUCAUCAAACGGCUGUUCUCUUUUAAACAUGGAAAAUGA